CACAGUUACUAGUCACACAUCUGUUUUGUAAAUCACCAAGUAAGUCAAGUAUUAACUGGGUGAGACUAUCAAGAAUAAGUUAGAAAUAUUGUUGCUAUUCAUGACAGUUUUGCUUUAGAAUAAGGAACAAGUGUCAAAUUCCCUUACUGGGUGGAAUCGUAUGUUUUAAUCGCGAAAAAUAACAUUUGACAACCUCAGAGCAGGUGAUAGCUGACAAGUCUAAACAAUAGGGAAGAUUGUCUGAACCUCUAAACUGUGAUUGUUUUUAAAGAGAUACAAUGUAGAACUGUAUUUCUUUAUUUUAUUACAGUUAAAGUUAAAAACACACAGUACACAUUGUGUUUAACUGCAUUUUUAGCGCUCUCGAUUAAAUGCGCUGUGUGUUUAUGUCUUCUCCGCAUGUGUCGAUAAAGUUUGUUUAAAAACCGGAACCGGAAACCCGGAUGAACCAUCAACAAGCCAGAGGAACCGCUCUGGCGCUAUCUCCGCUUUGAGCCUUAAGGAGUUGGUUAAAUUAAAUUAAACGCAAAUUAAACGCCAGCUUUGCGUCAUUUUGAAGCUUCCUCGUUAACGAGCAUCGAAUACUAAGCUAACGAUAUUAGCUGAACCGUUAGCUUGAUACCGCUGCUGUUUUUGUUGACGCCUAGCUGCGCAGAGUAUUCUGAAGCCGUCCGCUGGUGUCGGAGGGACCGAGCGAUCAUGGCCGACCCGGCUCGGAUGAUCAAACCCGAGGUUAAAGCUGAGAGAGCGGCUUCUGCUUACGAGGAGCGUCCCAAGUCGGAGGGCUCCGGAGACGCCGCAGCAAAACCUACGGAUGUCAACAAAGAGUCGUCCUCGCAAGAUGCGGUCAAAGAGGAGGGGAGAUCUGAAACGGCAGCCGGGGAAGACGACGAUGACCAAUCUGAUGCCAAAAGGCUGAAGGUGGAUCCGGAGAAGAAAAAGGAGAGGCGCCAAAAGGUUGACGAGGAUGAAAUACAAAAGAUGCAAGUUUUGGUGUCAUCCUUCUCUGAAGAGCAGCUUAAUCGCUACGAGAUGUACAGACGUUCUGCCUUCCCCAAGGCAGCCAUUAAGAGGCUGAUCCAGUCCAUAACGGGGUCAUCAGUGUCCCAGAAUGUGGUGAUUGCCAUGUCUGGUAUUUCCAAGGUUUUUGCUGGGGAAAUUGUUGAGGAAGCGUUGGACGUUUGUGACAAGUGGGGGGAAACGCCACCGCUUCAGCCCAAGCAUAUGAGGGAAGCGGUGAGGCGGCUGAAGUGCAAAGAUCAGAUCCCCAACACCAAGCAUAAGCAAAUUCUCUUCCACUGAGGCGCCCCUGCUCUAGACUGCAUGGGGAACAUGCCUGGGAUCUAAACGGCGGCGUCGUGGCUUGUGGAAGAAUUUGGAAAACCUGAGUCAAGAUCAGUGACCGGAUUAUUAAAGAGAGGUCCAUUCAGACAAGAUCAAGAGGGUCUCUUACAUGAAGGCAACUGUCAAAAGAAGUCCUCUUUGACCUCUUGAUACCUGGUAUUGUAAGGUAAACACUUCAUGCAGCAUACAGUCUAAAUGGUGUGAAAUUAUAUUCAUGUAUUAUGGUUGUAAAUACAAUUUUCUUUUUUACUA